ACAAUUACACCGCAGUAUACAGGCAUACAGCCUUGGUUAGCUGGCUGCAAAUGUCCAUAGUGGCGGCGUUCAUGCUGUUUGCAUGCUGCUUUCUGCAGGUGUGGAGCGCUCAACACCCCAAACAUAUUCGGGAGAUUCACCCUUGGAGGAGCCAUGGCAAAGGAGUGGUGGUCAGGGUGAAGAGGGACUGGAUCAUUCCUCCAAUCAGAGUUCUAGAAAACAGCAAGCAGGUCCCAGAAAACCUGGUCCAGAUUAAGUCCGACAAAAUCUUCACAGGCGAGGUGAUCUACAAAUUAGAGGGUCCAGGUGUGGAUCAGGUACCCAAAAAUUUAUUUGAGAUUGAUGACAAAACAGGAGUCAUCAGAAGCAAGCGUCCACUGGACAGAGAGAAAUACAAAAGCUUCACGUUGAAAGCGUUUGCGCUGUCACCCAGUGGAGAGAGACUGGAGAAUCCUACCACCAUAGAAAUUGUAGUGCUGGACCAGAAUGACAACAGACCUGCCUUCACCCAGAAACAGUUCACUGGCGCUGUCUCUGAGUUCUCAGUACCAGGUACAUCCGUAAUGUCAGUGUCAGCCACAGAUGCAGAUGACCCAAUGACAGAAAACGCUUUUCUUAGCUAUUCUAUCAUUAGCCAAGAGAGCAUUCCAGCCAAUGCUGUUUCCAAGACCAUGUUUGGUAUCAACAACGAGACAGGAACCAUCUACACAAGAGAUGUUGGUCUUGAUAGAGAAGUGGUGAAGACCUUCAGGCUGAUGUUACAAGUUGCUGACAUGGGAGGCAUGGGGCUGACAAGUGAAGGUGUGGCCAUCAUCCACGUCUCUGAUAUCAACAAUCAUGCUCCGCAGUUUAACCCUAGCUCAUACAACAUGAAAGCAGUGGAGAACAGAAUGAACUAUGAGAUUGGUCGCGUCAAUGUGACAGAUAUUGAUGAUCGUGGAACAGGAAACUGGGAGGCAAAAUAUUACAUUUCAAAUGAUCCUUACAGAAACUUUGCCAUCACAACGGACAGUGUCACCAAUCAGGGCAUUCUGAUGGUCGUGAAGCCCCUGGAUUUUGAGGUACAGAAGGAGCACAUCCUGUUUCUUACAGUGGAGAAUGUCAAUCCACUAAGCGACAAGGCUCCUAACUUACCAGUGAGCAGUGCAAUAGUGGUAGUCACAGUUGUCAAUGAGAAUGAAGCGCCACAUUUCAGAGAAGACCCAAUACAGAUUGUUGUACCUGAGUCUGUGGCUCCUGGAACACUACUGAAAAGAGACAUUGCAUUUGACCCUGAUAACUCUGACCUAAGGUAUGAGAUAAGUAUAGAUCCUGAGAGGUGGCUGGCAAUCAACAGACAUACAGGAGACAUUACUGCAAAGAGAAAUUUCAAUAUGCGAUCACAUCAUGUUAAAAACAACAUCUAUAUUGCUGUUGUCAAGGUUACAGAUGUUGGCGGUGUGUCAACUACUUCCAACGUGGUCAUCACGUUAAAGGAGACCAAUGACUUCGCCCCAAAGCUCCUUCCACUCAGUGGGACCGUGUGCAGGGAUGCAAGAAAGAUGGCUUCUGGAUUAGUUUUGACUGCUGAGGAUGAUGAUUUUCCUCCACAUGCUGCACCAUUUUUCUUUGAAAUUCCCCAUGAUGUGGCAGUAAACUGGACUGUCAUUCAAGUCAAUGACACCCAUGCAUUGCUGCAGCCUCUUGUAGACAUAGAAGAAGGAGAAUAUGCAGUCAUGGUGUUGGUGUCAGACUCUGGAAAUCAAAGUCUCAGCUCUUACGCUCAAGUCAAUGUCACGGUAUGUCUCUGUGACUCAUUGCAAGACUGUAAGUCUGAGACAGGGGCAGUGUUCGGCGCCAGUAUGGGAAUCAGCUUGAUCGCGCUGACUAUCAUCAUGGCCAGUAUUGGCCUCCUUCUGUUACUGCUCUUAGCUGUGGCCCUAAACUCUUGUGGGAAACGGCAUUAUAUUAAGAAAGGAACUGGUCUGCUUGUGGGGGAUUCGGAAGACGACAUCCGGGACAAUGUCCUCAACUACAAUGAACAAGGAGGUGGUGAGGAAGAUGAGAACGCUUUUAACAUUGACCUACUGUGGAAUCCUCUCGAUGUGCCCUUGAGCCCCACACCAUACUACGCAGGCUCUCCUCGAGGCAAGCAGCCCUUCAGAAAAGAUACACCACAUGACCUGCCUUCUCCCAUCUAUCCUCGGAGACCCCCGGAAGAUCCCACUGACAUUGAGGACUACAUUUCGGAUGGUCUGGACGCUGCAGAUAAGGAUCCUAAUGUGCCGCCCUAUGACACAGCCCUGAUCUAUGACUAUGAAGGAGAGGGCUCGCUGGCAGGCAGCCUCAGCUCCAUUGCGUCUGACAGCUCAGAUGAAGACCAGGACUAUGACUAUCUCAACGACUGGGGACCACGAUUUCAGAAACUGGCCAACAUGUAUGACCCACGUUAGGUGGGAAGGUGACCUUUAAAGGGAAGUUUUGUCUGAUUCCAUGCGUUUGGGUGUUUUACUGGACAAAUAUGAGACAUUAUUAUCUAUCAUUGUGUGCCUAAAGGUGCCACACCAUAUAUCUGGAUUCAGCUACACAGUUAAACACUGUGGACUUAAAACCUUAACAUGGGUGCUCAGGAAAUAAGUAGAUGUGCAUGCUGCAAGCCAAACCAAAUGUGUUGAAGUGUUAGUCCAUGAUGGAUUUGAUUUUUCUCCAGACUUGGAUUGUCGGGAUGUACUUUUUUUAAUAUUUUGUCAUCUUAAUUUGCUCUCAUGUUCUUUGUUUGAUCAUCAACCUUUCAUUCCAACGUGUCACACCCUUUACACAAAACAUCACUCAACAAAAUUAAAAGAGUUGCAAAUUUUCACAUUAUCAUGGGUAGUUUGUUAGGGUGAAGGAGGCACAUACAUACUGUAUACAAAUUAUUUUUUGAGUGUCAAAAGAGAAUUACAAAUGUAAAAUAUUACAAGUUUACCCUUAUUUCACACAUAUCAUGAAUAAAAUAACUUUCAUACAGUUUAUCUAUUGAAAUAAAAAAAACGUUUUUUUUUUAAACAGUUUUUCUGGUCCAAAUUAAAAAUGUAUAAGCACACGUAUACACACAAAAGCAAGCGAAAAGUCAGAGCAAGACUUCUAUUCAUACUUGUGUAUGGCAACUUCUGUUUUGUUUGUUUUUUCUUUAGCUAGAACCAAGGUGAGGUAAGGGAAUUAUGAAAAGUCCAUCAAAAAUCAGGGGGUGGUUGAAAGACAACUGCGCACAAGAGAUGCCCUCACAAUCUGACAGGUUUUGAACAUUUUAGGUAAAAAGAGUAGGCAAAUGUGUCUACAUCAAUGUGCCACAAUGACAGACACAACCCCCCUGCACCUACAUCAAACCUGGAAGCUGUCCAAUAA